GGAGCCGCUCCUCCGCUGGGCGCGGAGCUAUAAGGGCAGCGCGGAGCGGCGCGGAGGGCAGCUGGAGCCAUGGGGAACCGUGUCACUCGCGACGACUUCGAGUGGGUCUACACGGAGCAGCCCCACACGCAGCGCAGGAAGGAGAUCUUGGCAAAGUAUCCAGAAAUCAAGACUCUGAUGGGACCAGAUCCUCAUUUAAAGUGGAUUGUAUCUGGAAUGGUUUUCCUGCAGUUUCUAGCAUGCUACCUGGUGAAAGAUUUAUCUUGGAAAUGGAUUUUCUUCUGGGCUUAUGCUUUUGGGGGUUGUAUCAACCACUCACUGACCCUAGCCAUCCAUGAUAUUUCACACAACGUUGCCUUUGGGAACAAGCAGACCAAGUGGAACCGAUGGUUUGCAGUCUUUGCCAACUUGCCUAUUGGUGUCCCUUAUUCUGCUUCCUUCAAGAAAUACCACAUCGACCAUCAUCGGUACCUUGGUGGGGACAGCCUGGAUGUGGACAUUCCCACAGACUUUGAAGGCUGGUUCUUCUGUACGCCGCUUCGGAAACUACUUUGGCUUUUCUUCCAGCCUCUGUUCUACAGUCUGAGACCACUAUAUGUGAACCCCAAAGCAAUUACACAGAUGGAAAUUUUUAACGCUCUUGCCCAGUUUUCUAUAGACCUUAUAAUUUAUUACCUUUGGGGGCUCAAGCCUAUUAUUUAUUUAAUAGCAGGUUCAAUUCUUUGCAUGGGUUUACAUCCCAUUUCUGGGCACUUCAUAGCAGAACACUACAUGUUCUUAAAAGGGUAUGAGACAUACUCUUAUUAUGGACCUCUGAACUGGCUCACCUUUAAUGUAGGCUACCACAUGGAGCAUCAUGACUUCCCCAGCAUUCCCGGAUGCAGAUUGCCAAUGGUGAAGAAGAUUGCAGCAGAAUAUUACGAUAACCUUCCAUAUCACCAGUCCUGGAUUCGAGUUCUGUGGGACUUUGUUUUUGAUGACACUAUUGGUCCUUAUUCAAGGGUUAAGAGACUAUGCAAGCUGGCAGAAGAAAGCUAAUGGACUAGCUCUGCCUGCUGCAUUGGUGUUUUGUUUGUUCAUUUGAAUAACUUCUCUGCAAAAGUAGGAGGAUGUUUGUGUGUGCUGAAUUAGCAUUGGUGUGUGCUCCUUAGACCAAGAGGAUGAGUGUGAAAAUGAAGCAAUUGGAUGCACUAUUUUAGGCUAUUGAUACUUUUUAAUAGAGGAUAUCUGUGUAUGUAACCUUGACAAAAUAGAUCAGAGUAAGCUAUGAUUAUGUGAAACUUUGGCCUAGGCUUAGAAUUAACUUCCUGGGCCACAUGUGCCUAUGCCUGAGUUUUGGCCUUAUCGAAUGCAUGUAUGUGUGAGCAUGAGUGUGUGUAGUUUUGGACUGGUUUCUCUUCAUGCCAGAUAAGAUGUAGAUGCUCUGUGUGCACAGGACUGUGGAAGCACAGUAGUAAAUGUGAUGGAGGACUGUCACACAGUAGUAAAUGAUACUUUCUGGAGAAUACAAGAGUGCCUUUAGUUCAAUGUCUUAUCUAGUCUAGUAUCUUCUGGUAAUUGCUGGUAGCAGAGAUUUUGUAUAUGCAAUGGAGUAUGUGUAUAUUUUUGUACAUUUGUAUCAUUAUUUUAGUAGUUGCUGUUUGACCUUUAUUCCAGGACUUUGUCUGAACCUUUUCUGAAUGCAUGUCUAUUCUUUCUUUGGAUAUAACUCAUUGUAGCUAACUGGCAGAGCUGAACUGUGGUGUGGAGAAACCCUUCCUUUAGUCUUCUGCUGGCUGCCUGAUCAGCAGUAUGGAAGUGCACAUGGAGAAACUGGUCAGUCCUUUCUCACUCACCUUUUCAACAGUAUUCAAAACUUUGUGUUUCUCAUCCGUUUCCCCACUGUAAGUCUGUUUGGGAAUGGAAGGGUUCUAGUUUUAAUUGCUGCUUGCCAAGGUUGUUAACAUUCCUGAUCACCUUUCUUGGUCUUCUCUAUAUUCUAUCCCUUUCUGUGCAUAGGAGUUAGGAGUAUGUGUCAGUGAAGACAUGGAGACAUUAUGGUGGUAUUUGUUCCUAACUGCUUUCAGGAUAAUUAUGUGUUUUUUCCUCUGUCAUUCAAGGCACACUGACUUGACAUUUGGGAAGCAUGUGAUUCUCCAGCUCUUUAAAAGUUGCCAGUGAUGAUGUUAAAGAGAUAUACUUGGAGCUAGGGUUGUUUUUGUUUCUCUCCUUACAUGUCUAACUUUGUGCUAUUGACAUCAGCCUUCACCUGUCAUUUCCACCCACUGGAAUAGUUAAAUUGUCCUGCCUGAACUCUCCAACUAUCAACUUCUGCUAUAAUCAAUAAUUCUGUAUCACCAAAAACCUUAAUCACCAUAUCUUUCUCCAAGCAGAACAGUAUCUUGGGGGUCAGGAGUUCAGAUGCCAUCUAAUAACUUUGCUCCAUCCUGGAAAGAUGACAAUUUACUUCUAUCCUCAGUAAAUGGUUAAAAGAGUGGUCUGUAAAGGCCUUCUUAUACUCUAACCCUCUAACAAUCUAACUUUUAUGUUUUCUCCUGGAAAUCCAUGUCUGUAACAAAGAAUUAUUAGACCUGGGAAGCCUGAUUUCCUUAAUAUGCAUAAUUUCAUUCUUUCAUCCUACAGCACUGGAUCCAGUAAGUCAGUCUGUUUGCUACCACCUGGCAUACCAGGCAGCUGAGCUAGUCCGCUGCAAUUUCUGUUCCUCCUCCUCCAUUUCCCCUUUCUCCAUUUUUCUCAUCUGUCUCAUGAAUCUGGUGAAUACACAGGUUUGCUUAGCAGUGCACGAUCCUUUGUGAUGCAAGGCUGGAAUACCAGUUCAUUCAGAUACUGUUUUGGUCUGUGGGUUGUGCUUCUGGAAGAGGAAGAACGGGUCCUCUUCUGACACUUCGGACUUAACUGGUUCUUCAGUGAAGAACAUACUUAAGAUGUUACAUCUUAAUUAUUAAAGCCUCUUUUCUCCCAAAGGAAGAGGCUUUGGUGUGGGAACCUCCAAUAACUUUGUUGUAUCAGUGCUCAUGUCAGGGAGCUUCAGGCUUUUAUUAAUUCACUUCAGUGCUGCUGGCACUUCAUGAUCAUGUGCUCAACUUCAUGUGUCCUUCCUGAACUCUCUUGGCUGACUUAGCAAGUUAAUAUAAAAACCAUAAUAAAGAUUAUACUAUCUUCCUCAA